CCACAGACACAGCUGUUGCUCUCCCACUCCUGCAGCGGUCUGAGAAGAGCACCAUGGAGAAGGUUAUUGUGGGCACCCUGCUUCUCUCUGUUCUUUCAGGAGGUGUAUCACAAACAGACAUGUUGGGGAAGGCAUUUAUUUUCCCUCAAGAAUCAUCCACUGCCUAUGUAUCGCUGAUCCCACAAAUGAGAACGUCACUGCAAAAGUUCACCUUGUGUCUGAAGGCCUUCACUGACCUCACCCGCCCGUACAGUCUCUUCUCCUACAGCACAAAGACCAAGGACAAUGAAAUUCUUCUCUUUGUGAACAAAAUGGGAGAAUACUGGUUCUAUGUUGGGAAUUCUGAAGUCAUUCUCAAAGCACCCCCAAACCCUUAUGCUCCAAUCCAUGUCUGUGUGAGCUGGGAAUCUGCCUCUGGGAUUGCAGAAUUCUGGCUGGAUGGAAAGCCUUUGGGGAGGAAAGGCUUGAAGAAGGGGUACACUGUGGGAGCUGAUGCAAAGAUUAUUUUAGGACAGGAGCAGGAUUCCUUUGGAGGAAGUUUUGAUGCAAAACAGUCAUUUUUGGGGGAGAUAUGGGAGCUGUCCUUGUGGGACUAUGUGGUCCCUCUGGAAGAAGAGCAUGACAGUGGCAACCUUAUAAAUUGGCGAGGUCUUAUUUAUGAUAACACUGGCUAUGUGGUGACAAAGCCCAAACUGUGGAGUUAAACUUCCUUCUUGUUAUUCAUAAUGUGCAUUUAGUGAUAAUUAAAUACUCCAUGAAAUUAAGUCAGCUUUUAGUUCUGUUACAAUGAUAAUGUGAAUUGCAUUAAAAAGCAAAGUAAUGUGA